AUUACGCAAAGGGGAUUCUGCACUCUAAGAGGCUUUUUUUAUAUAUCAGUCCUUCUCAGACGAACCCGAGCUUUCAUCUAUCAGCCAUCUACCAUUUGGUCUCACUUUCAUCAUAUGUUUUAAGUUUAAAGGGAUUGUGAGGUCAACAUUGCCAAUAUGGCAACAAUAUGCGUUGCGGCACAAAUCUUUAUCUGCCUUAACAUCGUAAAACUCUACUUAGUGAACUCCUCUGAACUAAACGGAGAUACACCCGCCACAGAACCGUCAUUUCACAAUCCUGAUCUGGACAUGAUGACCAUUAAUAUGUACAGAGUUUAUGAUAAAUACAGCAAGAAGCAUCAGCAUCAUCAUGGUCAUCAACAGAACGUAAAUACUGUCAGAAGCUUCAAACCCGUCCCAGAGCUCUCCCACCAUAGGGUUUUGUUCAACUUCAACCUGAACUCUAUCCCUGAUUCGGAAGUGAUCUUGACUUCAACGCUACACUUUCUUGACCAGCAAUCCCGUCAACGGCCAUGGCACUGCAGACGUUCCCGUGGCGCCUCAUGUCGCCUUCAGCACCUGCAGCCACUUACCAUGGGGCAUCUCAUCAUUAAGGGCACAUCACCAAAUGCUGCCAUCCCUUGUCUGCUGUGCAACAUCACAUUGUCCUCUAACAGAAAGGGGCUAUGGCAGAUUACUGAUGUAUCAUCAGCCAUCAAACAUGCCAAAGCUCAGGGUGAGCUCUUGAUUACUGUUGAGUUUGACUUUGGGGACAGGUACCAGAGACGCCAGCAUCACUUGUCUCCUCAAAGCUUGCCAUUUAUUCUUGUAUACACCAACGACAUUGCCAUAACAGAACCAAACAGUGUUGCGAUCAGCCUGCAAAGAUACAGUCCAUCUCCAGUGUUUGAGGAGAAAGGGACCAAGCCUCCCUCAGCUUCCUUAAGUUCUAGAAUCAGAAGGGAAGUUGAUAACUUGCAGAAUAACUAUCUACCUAAUGUCCACUACAACGAUCUUAAGAACAGGGAGUUAUGGGACAGUACCUUUUUUGCGAAAAAGCCCAAAGUCUUGCCAAAAGGCCAGGACAAUCAUGACAGGUUGAGAGGAUCCCAGAAGCUCAGCUUUGACGAGAAGACAAUGAAAAAAGCUAGACGCAAGCAGUGGAGUGAGCCACGAAUGUGUACGCGCCGUUACCUGAGGGUGGACUUUGCUGACAUUGGCUGGAGUGAAUGGAUAUUAGCUCCAAAAGCAUUUGAUGCCUACUACUGUGCAGGAACCUGUGGAUUCCCAAUUAAGGUUGUUCAUCCUUCAAAUCAUGCAACCAUCCAGAGUAUAGUGAGAGCCGUGGGAAUAGUCCCUGGAGUUCCAGAACCAUGCUGCGUACCUGACAAGAUGAGCCCUCUGGCUGUGCUGUUCCUUGACAUAAGCAGGAACAUUGUACUGAAGGUCUUCCCCAGUAUGUCUGUGGAGACCUGUGCCUGUCGAUAAGCUAUUAUGGUAACUAAUGGACAUAGAUAAAUAGACAUCAGACUUAAAAAAAACACAAUGAACUCAGCCCAAGGAAAUGGGGAACUGGUUAAACUUUCCAUUCUACAAAUAAUGAAUCUUUUGAUAUCUGCAAAUAAGACCUCAACACCUCAAAACAGUUUUGAUUUGGAUCUUUUCACACAAACGCUCUAUCCUUUUUCCACUCUUUCUAUUUUAAUGAAUUGUAUAUAAUCCUUAUUGUAACAUUUAGUAAGCCAAACGGUUUUCUUUUUGAAUAAAUACAUGGCAAAUUGACAAGAACGUAAUGAUUUAAACAGAUUUCUGUAAAUAAAUUCUUGUUAUGUGUCUGCAUUGAGGGUAAUUUGUUUGGUCUGUUGGCAUGUAAGUUAAAGUUUAACUUGCUGUAGAAUUUACGAGUGCAAUGGUGCACUGCAGAAUCUUGCAUGUAAAAGUAAACCUCAGACCAUUUUUGUUCAUUUGUGAGACGGACAAUGAGGAACUUUCAGCAUACUGCUGCCAUCUAGUGCCUGGUGACGUUUAAGGCCCUUGUAUUCUAACAUUAACGACAACUUGCAUGCUUUUUUACCUUGUGAGGCCAGACCAAAUUAGUUAUUGAUAAGUCAUAGCUAUAGAACAAGUUAUAAAGUAAUCAAAUAAAUUAUGGAUUCAUUAUUGUCAUAGAGUUUGCAGUAAAGUAUAUGUCUCAGAGAUUUUGUCAAAAAUGUGUGAAACUUAUCAGAGUUUUGUUUUUUGCUAUUAUAAGUCAUUUGUAAUUAUUUUUUCAUACUGUAUUACUUGUGUUUUUAUGCAAAAGAUUUCUUCAACCACUGUUGUUUGAUAUAAACAAAUUUUCUGUGAAAUCCUGGAGGAUUCUUUAGUGUACAAAGACCUAUUAUGAUUAUUAGAAUCUAAGAAUGUUUGCAAUGACAGGGCAAAGGCCUCUAACCCAUUAAAG